AUGUCUGAUUUAAGGGCGAUGUUUGCUUGUCUUAGUUUGUUUGACGAUGGGAGUUUGUUGGCUGAGUUGCAGGGUGAGAGUGGUACUACUUUUGAUUUUGGGUUAAAUAAUAAUGGUGUGCUAUGUUUUCAAGGACGGAUCUAUGUGCCAAAUGAUUCUGAUUUGAGACAGUCGAUUCUGAGGGAGGUGCAUAGUAGCCCUUAUGUUAUGCAUCCCGGUGGUACUGAUUUUGUUACUCAAUGUCUGACGUGUCAGCAAGUUAAGAAUAAGUAUCAGUUGCCUUCGGGUUUGUUGCAGCCAGUUAAGAUUCCCUUAUGGAAAUAUGAACGUGUGACGAUAGGCUUCAUUAAUAAGUUACCUUUGACACCCACUAAGAAGGACUCUGUUUGGACGGACUAUUCUCUACAAAAGCUAGCGAAGCUCUACAUUUCAGAGAUUAUGAAACUGUAUGGGACAGAUGGUCAAUCGGAAAGGGUGAUUCAGAUACUGAAGGACAUGCUUCGGAGUUGCGUGAUUAAUUUUCGAGGUAGUGAGAAGGAUUAUCUGCAGUUAGCAGAGUUUGCCUACAAUAACAACUUCCAGUCUAAUAUUCAGAUGGCACCUUACGAGGCAUUAUAUGGUUGUAAAUGUCGUACUUCGCUGUAUUAG